CAUUUAACUUCAGGAUCACAAUGACUGAAAUUGAGGGAGUCCCAUGAGAGACGGAGUGAGCUCUCAACUUUCUUUCUUUCUUUUUUUUCUUUUCUUUUUUUAAUUUAGCUGCUGAUUCUGGACCUUGGAAUUAGUGUGUGGUGUCUAAUUUGGCUGCAGAUUCUCAGCUAAGGUCCGACAUCUGGAGGAACCCAAAUGACCUGCAGAUGGAAACCUGAAUGAAGAGGUUCUCCUUUGUCUUCCUGGAUAUUUUUCAUUACUGACAGGAGAGCUGAAAGAGUGGAGCAACAUUGGAAGCCCUCUGAGAAAAGUCAUGGUUCCCUCUCUGCACUGGCUGCUCCUGCUGUGGAGACUUCAGGCUGUGUGGGCUCAAGACUAUGAAGAAUAUGAAGAUGAGGUUGUGACCACAAGGAGGAAAAACAAACUCUUCACACCAAAUUCCAUACCACAGAAUGGCAAAUCUUCUAUCGAUGAAGACUGCAGUUUGGAGUUGGCCUUCCUGGUCGACAGCUCAGAGAGCGCCAAGGACAACCACAAUCAGGAGAAACGUUUUGUUUCCGACGUAAUGGACCGACUGCAGGGCCUCCGGCUGGAGAGUGGCCGCGGACUCAGCUCCCGUGCGGCCCUCCUUCAAUACAGCAGCCAGGUCAAGAUAGAGCAGACCUUCAGAGACUGGAGGGGCAUUGAAAACUUCAAAGCCAGAGUUGCUCCCAUUCAAUACAUAGGCCACGGCACCUACACCACCUACGCCAUCACCAACCUGACGCGCAUUUACUUGGAGGAGUCAGGCACCAAAAGCAUCAAGGUGGCCGUCCUGCUCUUUGACGGCAUCUCGCACCCAAGGAACCCAAACAUAUUUGACGCUGUGGACGAUGCGAGGAACCAAGGCGUUCGGUUCUUCACUAUAGGAAUCACACCUGAAGCCAACGAAGCAACCAACAUUGCACAGCUGCGUCGAAUUGCUAGUUCCCCAGCUACCCGCUACCUUCACAACUUGCAAGAUGUUGGCAUUGUGGAUAAGGUCAUCAAGGAGAUUACAGCGCUGGCAGAAGAAGGUUGUCCACUCGAAUUGAACCCGUGCAAAUGUGAUAAAGGUGACAGAGGACCCAGUGGCCCUGCGGGCAAGAAAGGACGUCCUGGAGAUGAUGGAAGCCCUGGCGCAAAGGGACAGAAGGGUGAAAGUGGUCUCAGUGGACUUCCAGGCCGCGAAGGAGCCGAGGGUAAAUCAGGAUACAAAGGAGAGAAGGGAGAGAGAGGAGAGUGUGGCACACCAGGCGUUAAAGGAGACAGAGGCCCUGAAGGUGUUAUUGGUCCAAGAGGAAACCGUGGACUUCAGGGUUUGCCAGGUCCACUGGGUGAUGUGGGACCUGAAGGAAUCAUGGGAAAAAAAGGGGAGCGGGGGCUUCCUGGACCACCUGGAAUCCAAGGUGAGACUGGGAUCGGCCUUCCAGGAUCAAAGGGGGAUGUUGGUUUCCAGGGGCAACCGGGGCCUCCCGGCCCUACGGGGAUCGGCGAGCCCGGACCACCGGGUCCUCAGGGGCCACAGGGAGUCCAAGGAGAGAGAGGACCGACAGGAGAAGGUAUCCCUGGUCCUAAGGGCGAGCGAGGCAUAGAGGGGCCGCGGGGGCCCAGAGGACAGCCGGGCCUAGGAAUCAAAGGAGACAAGGGGGAUUUUGGCCCUCCAGGAUUUCCAGGGCCCCUGGGCCUUCCAGGUCUAGGCAUCCAAGGAGAAAAGGGAACAGAGGGCCCCAGGGGGCCACCUGGAAUAAGAGGCCCACCGGGAGAGGGCUUUUCUGGACCCAAGGGAGACCAAGGGCUGCCGGGAGAAGUGGGGGCUCCAGGAGAAAGAGGAGCUGGUGAGCCCGGUGCCAAGGGUGAACCAGGAUCACCAGGACUGUCAGGUUUGCCUGGACUUCCUGGAGAAGACGGAGCUCCAGGACAAAAGGGUGAACCAGGAGCCGUUGGUCUUAGAGGUCCAGAAGGUUCGCCUGGGAUUGGCACUCAGGGAGAAAAGGGUGACCAAGGCCAAAGAGGAAUAAGAGGGCUGACAGGUCCGCCUGGCAUUGCUGGACCCUCAGGACCAAAGGGAGAACCAGGGUCACAGGGACGGCCCGGUUCUGCUGGACCACCGGGACGUUUCAUCACCGGACCCAAGGGCGAUCCUGGACCAGGUGGACCUCCUGGUCCAAUCGGCGAGACUGGCUUUGGACUGCCUGGCCCAAAGGGCGAUCGAGGUGACUCGGGCCCCGCAGGUCCAUUUGGCCCCAAAGGAGACGGCUAUCCCGGCCCCAUGGGUCCUCCUGGUCUGCCGGGGCUUCCUGGAGAACCCGGGUCAGAGGGCGUGGGCAUCCCAGGACCAAAGGGGGACAUUGGAUUCCGAGGGCCGCCAGGUUUACCUGGACCCCCAGGGGAAGGCGUCCAGGGACCUCUGGGUAACCCCGGGCGACCAGGUCCACCUGGCCCAGCAGGGCCACAGGGACUAGGACUUCAAGGCCCCAAGGGUGAACAGGGGGCCCAGGGUGUGACAGGACCCAGAGGUGUACCUGGAGAGGGCUUUCCAGGAGCCAAAGGUGACCGGGGCUCAUCAGGAGAGAGGGGGCUUAAAGGAUUCAAGGGAGAAAUAGGAGAUUCGGGAAUCCCGGGGCAACCUGGUCUUCCAGGCAUAAAAGGGGAAGCAGGCCUCACUAGAGAGGACAUCAUUCGAAUGAUCAAAGAGAUCUGUGGAUGUGGGAUCAAGUGCAAGGAGAGGCCCAUGGAGUUGGUGUUUGUCAUUGACAGUUCAGAGAGCGUGGGGCCCGAUAACUUUGAGAUCAUCAAGCGUUUCGUGACCAUUCUGGUGGAUCGGGUCACGGUAGGCCGCAACGCCACAAGGAUCGGUUUGAUAUUGUACAGCUUGGAGGUGAAAUUGGUGUUCAACUUGGCCCGCUACAACACCAAAGAGGACAUCAAGGAGGCCAUCAGGAACAUCCCGUACAUGGGCGAGGGCACCUAUACCGGGACAGCCAUCCGGAAAGCCACACAGGAGGCCUUCUAUAGCUCCCGCCUCGGCGUCAGCAAGGUGGCCAUUGUGAUUACCGACGGGCAGACGGACAAACGGGAGCCGGUCAAGCUGGAUAUAGCCGUGCGGGAAGCCCACGCUGCCAACAUCGAGAUGUUCGCCCUGGGGAUUGUGAACACGUCAGAUCCAACGCAGGCCGACUUCCUGAGAGAGCUCAACCUGAUCGCGUCGGAUCCGGACAGCGAGCACAUGUUCCUGAUCGAUGACUUCAACACUUUGCCAGCUCUCGAGUCCAAGCUGGUCAGUCAGUUCUGUGAGGACGAAAACGGAGCCCUGAUAUACAACCGGAUAACAAACGGCUACAACGGAAACAACGGCUACAACGGCAACAGGAUCACUGGGAGCUACGCCACCGGUGGCUAUGGUUACAAGCCCAUAACUCAGCAGGACCAUCUCAGCGGCCAGCAGGCUGGUGUUGCCACCCACAGUAAAGGAUCCAGCUCUGUUCAUGGAGGAGGAGGGCAACGUGUAACCACAGUGAUAACCACCUCAGGAAGUGAACGCGGGGACACGUUUAACCGCGGCACCUCCGACUACAAAACUCCGCCUCCUGCCAGAGGGGGCUCAUCUUCCUCAUCUUCAUCUUCUACAAACAUAAGCAUAUCAUCUUCAGGUGUUUCUGUGUCGUACGUUCCCCCGCCAAGGCCAGCUCUGCCCAAAGAGACCGUACCCCUGGACCCUCGCUGCGGGCUGGUUCUGGACCAGGGAACAUGUCGAGAAUAUAACAUCCGCUGGUACUACGACAAGCAGGCCAACGCUUGCGCCCAGUUCUGGUACGGAGGCUGCGGCGGCAACAGGAACCGCUUCGACACCGAGGAGGAGUGUAAGAGAACAUGUGUGGUCUCCAGAGUCACAGGAGGCUGAGUGAAGGCAUCUUCUGCAUCUUCUGCUUCUACUUCAAUUUUUCACCAGAUUGCAGAAAGUCGGGUCAAAACUUCUCAGGCAAAACCCACACACACCAGUUUUGUUGUUGUUUUUUUGAUAUUUUGCAACUUAUCACAAAAAUGAUUUUGUAAAAAAAAAAAAAAGUGUUAUAGACGUUUUCAUGUUUUUUGGUGAUCAUUUCUACUCAGGUACCGAUGACCUUUCACCUACACUUGAUUAUGUUUUUCCCCCCUCAUGCUCAGUGAGUGCUUGAAGAUAGUGAAAAAAAAUAAAACUGUUUGCACAACAUGGACAAUCAUAACUCUGCAACUUAACAAGUAGCAUCAGUGAAUCAGUACGGUGUAAAGCCAAACUAUCUGUCAGUACUUUUAUUUAGGUUCUAACAGUCAGAGCCAGUAACAUAGAGGUUCACUUUUAUAACUUAUGUCAGUAGUAUUUUAAAAGUCUUGAAUCUUCCCUCAUUUGUUUAUUAUUAUUAUUAUUAUUAUUUUUUGCUUUCAGGAUGUUAAACAAUAGUAGGUGAGAUUGCAUUUCCAGACUUUUAAGCCACAUUAUGCUAAUUCAUGUAACACUAAGAUCUAGAAAAUUUAGUACACAUUUGAAUCCAGCUUUUUUGGGGAAAAUUUUUAAAAACUAAAACCUGGUGUGCAAAGUUGCUAAAAUCUUGGAUUCUCUUUCACCCAAACUAUGUAAAGUACACAUAAAAAUUUGCAUUAAUGUUUGAAUGUAUGCCCUUUAGCAAGUUACACGGGAGCCUUUUGUUUUGUCCACACUAAACUGAAUGCAGAACUUAAAUUAAAACAAGUAUUAAAGGGGCAGUUUUAUGUAAAAUCAACUUUUUGUAGCCUUACACAAUGUUGGGAUGUUAUUCCCUUAUCAAAAACACACCUGGAGUGAUGCUUUGAUUCUUUCAUGUGCAUUUGAGAAAGCCUUUAAUCUCCCAUGGCAACCGUUCAGCUGUACAAAACAGCUGAACGGUUGGUUGGACGUAGCUCCACCUUCGAAUUCUGAGCUUCUGCAUUACAGGGUAAAAUAUUUUACAUGCAUCUGGUUCAUAACUUUAACUUAAAAAAGAGAGUCUAAAGCAAAAUCUUUUAAAAUUCAUGGAAAAAACGCAAACUAAAAGAACAUGAGAGACGGUUGAAGAUUUUUUCACACUGAUGUGCAAACAUUAUAAAUAACUUCCUCUUUGUGAAAUAAUUGUGUACAAUUGUUUGUUUUUGAUAAUAUAAAAUGUGACUUUUUUUUCUUCUUUAUCCUUCCUUCCACUUGAGGUAAACUGUUAAACUGACGCACAUAUCGCCCUCUACUGGGCAACAGGUGGUCAUGCCUCUGAAUUUGAAGCUUCAAGUUCAGCAGGAGGCUGUUUGUUUUUAUAAUAUCCAGAUGUACUGACCGCAGAAAUGCGUACUUUACUGUACUGUGUAAUGCUUGGUUAAAAGUGUCGACCAUUGAAAUAAAUCAGAUAUUAAUUGAAA